AUGCAAAUUAUAUGGCAAGCAACUAUUAAUGAAUGUAAAUCACAAGAAGAGGUGGAUAUAUUAAAACAACAUCUCUAUAUAAAACGACUACCCAAAUCAUUCGAUUAUCUUGAUGAAUCAUAUUCAAAAAUAGAAAAUAAAUUAGCCAGACCUAUCUAUAAUGAUAAUACAAGAACAACAAUAUCAACACAUCACAGGAAAAUUAUUGCACAAAAUAAAUGUGAUCUUAUGAAACUUUAUAUUAACAUGGCUGAAGCAGCUGUACGGGGUUAUCGACAAUAUGGCGAAGAUGAAAAACAGAAUCUAAUCAAUCGUAUGAUAAAAGAUCCAAGUCGACAAGUCUACAUUGAACGAUUCAUCAAAGCCAUUGAAGAACGACAAAAACAUAUUCGACAACAUACACAAUAUCAAACACAACGACGUAUUCAUUUUUUCUAUCGCCGCUCCGAUGAUCAUCGAAAACAUUGGCAUCGUCGGAGCAGUUAUCGACUUAAUUUAUAUUGGGAUAUUCUUCCAUCAUCACCUAUUAUUGAAGUUUUUACAAAAUUAACAUCAGAACAAUUGGCAUUACUUGCUCGUGGUCCAAAAUAUGUACCACCAUGUCAAAUUCAAUUUUAUCGUCAAGGAACAAAAGAAAAAAUUAUUGAACAAGAACACAAAAUUAUUAUUGAUAAAAUUACAGAAUUCUUUUAUCAAAAUUGUUAUUCAAUAUCAGAGAAACGUAUCCAAGACUUUUCCAGUGAUAUUAAAAAUCUUCUUCAACGUCUUUAUACAAAAAAAUUAUCACGCAAAUCAUAUAUACGUGCUAAACGUGAACGUAAAUUAAUUAUUAAUAUUCGUCGUUAUUUACGUCAAAAUCAACAAGUCACUUUACGACGAACCGAUAAGAGUAAAGUAUUUCAUUUGGGUGAUGCCAAUGAUUAUCAAUCGAAAAUUCAUCAAUAUAUGCAAGAAACAGAAGCCUAUGAACAGAUUACAUCGGGUAUUUCACCGUUAGCAGCUAAUUUAGAACAAGUUAUAUCAUUACUAAAUCGACUUUAUAAUGCACAGAAACCUCUGAUAACUAAAAAGCAAUAUGAGGCAAUGUAUCCAAAAUUAGUUCAUACUGAAUUGGCUCAUCUCUAUUUUCUACCGAAACCACAUAAAAUUGGUACACCGUUACGACCUAUUGUGGCUUCAAUUCAUGCACCGGCUAUGUUGGUAUCUAUAUAUCUUGAUAAUCGAUUACGUCCACUUUUCAAUCGUGUUGCACGACAAACAACUUAUAUCAGUAGUACAGAUUUUGUACAACAAUUAGAAAAACAUCAAAUACAAGGUCAUCUAUUACCAACCACAAACUUUAUUACAGCUGAUGUCAAAAAUCUUUAUACUAUGAUACCAAGAGGUGGCGCAUUGGAUACACUACAUCGAUUUUGUGUCAAACAUAGUAAAGAAUAUGAAAUGGCCAAUUUAAAUGUGAAUACGAUUAUUCGUUUAGCAUGUCUUGUCUUAGAAACCAAUUGUUUUGUUUUUGAUAAUAAAUAUUAUAAACAAAUUCGUGGUGGUGCAAUGGGAUCACCCUUUACAAUGACAUUAGCUAAUAUCUACAUGUAUGAAUGGGAACAAUCAUUGAUUCAAUAUCAACAGGCAAGAAAUGAACUCUAUGGCAGAUAUAUUGAUGAUAUUUUUAUGACUUCAAAUGAAUCUAUUGAAAAGAUUCAAGCAUUACUUGAAAAGGAAGAUAAAAAAGAUCCAAAUAUCCGAAUUAAUUAUACCAUUCAACAAUCUGUCGAAUUUCUUGAUGUUUUUAUUGAAAAUAUUCAAGGAAAAUUGAAGACAUCUGUUUUUCGUAAACCAGCUGCUGAACCCUACAUACUACCAUAUACAUCUGAUCAUCCGCGUCACAUUCAUUCAAAUACAAUUUAUACAGCAUUACUUCGUGCAAUUCGUCUAUGUUCGGAUGUAGAUACAUUUAAUCAAGAACGAUUAAACAUUGAAAUAGUCUUACUUCUAAAUGGACAUCCACCAAAAUUUAUUAAACAUCAUUUUCAACAAUUCUUUAAAAAAAAUAAUGUUGCAUCUAUCUACAAAGAUUUACAUGAAGAAACAUAUCAACAAUUUCAUAAGAAAUUACUUAAUGAAUGUCAGGUCAAGGAUCCUUCAUCGGAGCAACAGCAACCACAACAGCAGCAGUCCAACAAGAAGAAAACUGAUCAAAAUGACACUGGAAAACCAGUGAAAAAAGAGCGACAACUCAUUAUUCAUUGUACAUAUGAGAGUGGACCAUUAAAAACAUUCAAUCGUGAUUUUCGGACAAUCUGGAAAAAACACUUCUGUUAUGACAAUUCAACAUUAAGCAAUGUUCAUGUUAUACUUGGAACACGAACUAAUAAAACAUUAGAUCAGUUAUUAGUAGAGAAGAAACCAUCUCGAACUUUACUGACGCUUAAAAACGAUAUGCCUCAAUCGACAACAACAUGGAUUAUAAAAUAA